UCCCCCCAUUCACCCCACCCCCCACCCCCAUGGCGAGAGGUGGGCGCUGGGACCUCGGACUCACGCAGGUGUGGGCGGGGCUGUGGGUGGCGCCCGCCCGCUACAUCACGCCCGAGGCCCUGGCGACGAGGAGGAUAUCGUGCGUCGUGUGGGCCACGCCGGAGGUCGCGCCGCCCUCGCUGCCGAGUGUGAGCGUGAUCGAGGUCCGGCUCCGAGACGAGUGCGACCAAGACUUGAGUCCGUUCUUCCCUCGAGUGGCUGAGGAGUUCGCCGAGUGUCGCAAGCGAGGCACGGGCCUGGCCACCGUGUGCCUGGCGGGGAUCAGCCGCUCGUCUUCGCUGGCCAUCGCCGCGCUCGUGGGCCAGCACGACCUACCGCAGAUGAGCCUCAGGUUCGCCUACGAGACCGUCAAGGGAGCCAGGCCCACCGUCAGGCCCAAUGUCGGGUUCUUCGCGCAGGGUCCGGUGGAGGGGUUUGGGGGGUUCUCUAAUAUAGGGGGGGCGAGGGGAGAGGGGUUUGAAGGGGUUGGAGAAGGUUUGGAGGCAGGGUGUUGA